AUGAGUGCUGCUCGUCGUCGUAUCAAAACGAAAACUUCGUCAGCAACUUCUCUGAAAGAUCGUUCAACUGAAAGCGAGCCAUUUAUUCCUGUACCUUCUCGACAAGGAUUCUUGAAUGAUCGAACAGAUUUCACUUUAGAUCCAUCGUUAGUGUUUGAUCAAUUACCUCAACCAUUUCGACGAAUUAACAAAGUACUCGAAUCGAUAUUCGAUGAAGCUUGGACUAUCAUCGAACAACGCGAAAAGCAUCGCGCCUCUGAACAAGCCAAAUUUGUCUCUGCACAACAUACAUCCUCUACAAUAAUAAACAUUCCAUUUCCUGUAUCAUUGAUUGGCAGUCACAUAUCUGGAACGUUGUGUUUUUUUAAUGGAAUCCAAAACGAACAAUCAUACAUUGUUUGUUAUGACAAUCAAGUCGAUGAAAUCGUCAAUCAAGUCCCAAUUGACAGUCUAUUAAAACAAAUGAUUGUGUUUAAAACAGAAGCAUCGAUUAAAAACACGAUCUAUUUCUUAAGUGCUAUCGAUAAAUCUGGAUAUUGGAAAAUGAUGGCUUAUAAGAAUCAAAAAUUCUAUCAAUUAUUUACUCAAUAUGAAACAGAAGAUGAUAGUAAACGUCCAUUGUGUUUGCUCACUCAAAGUGGAUUGAAAGAUGAGUACUUAAUUGUUUCUUGGUUUGGUGUCAAUCAUGAUUCUUGGAUUGAAGUGUACAAAUUACCGAAAGAGCAAUGGAAAACAGAAAUUGCAAAUCAAGAACAAGCAAUCGCUGCGAGUAAGAAUCAAUCCGAGGAGAACACAACAGAUCCACCAGUAGACAGCGAAAUGACAUUAGUACGUGCUCAAUUCUCUCGUCCAACAGUUCUGUUCAAAGCUAAAGCUCCUAAAUUUAGUCCAGGUUCGAAUAAUUUUCAACAGCUGAUGAAAAGCACCGAAAACUCAACAAAUGUUGGACAAGGAACAACAAAUCAUUUUUUUACUCCGCAAAUUAUUGACUUCAAAACGGUAUUGAUCAGAGAUCUCAUGUUACAAUCAAAGAAAAUAGAUGUGGCUGAUCGACCAAUAACAGUACCUAAAUCGGAACAACUUCCACCAAUGAUCCCAACUAUGCUUUUCAUUCCGGCUGGAACACCGACAGGGAUGAAUACAUUGGCAAUUAGUUGGCCAACGAUAAAUCAACUAUUAAUCUAUAAAGUUGCCAAACCUGACAGUAAAGGGAAAGAAUCAACAGAUGCUCGUCCAAUGGCAAUAUGGCCAUUUUCCACUCAGAUCACCAGUUUAUCUUAUGACACCAAGCACGAACAUCUCGCUGUCGGCCUUCGGUCAGGAAAUGUCUGUAUUAUUGAACGAACCAAUGGUGUCAAUGAUCUCCCCACUGUUCAACAUAUUAGUUCGGUUCCAGCUCUUGAUAUUCAUGCACUUGACUCUCAUGAAUGUUCAUUGAAUACGACAAGUAAUCAAAAGAAACACAAUGGAUUCUUUGUUUUAUCGGACGAUGGUAGAAUUUAUCGAGUGAAAUUCAAGCCCAUAUUAUCCGAUGAAAAUAUGGACGAACAACAACAUCCCAUUGUUUGUUUUCCACCAGAGCAAAGUAAAGAUGCAUCAAAGAUCAUUCAGAUGAUGUUUUUCAAUUGUAAUCCAUCGAAUAUGUUUGUGACUAUCAAUGAAUUAAAUCGUAUCUAUAUAAAUGACGCAUUAAAAUGUAUCCAACUAUGUGAAAUCAUUUUGCCUGACUCGACUAAAAAUGAAAACGAACCAUUUCAAAUUGCAUUUGUAGACGAUGCAAGGUUCAUUAUUAUCGGAGUUCCUGAGAACACAAAUCAAUCAUCAGAAGAAGAAAAUACACCAUCAUCUUUACGUCUUUAUCGUGUACCAUUAGAACACUUUCCUUCAUUGGAAAGUUAUUAUCCUGAACGUAAACCUCCGAUUGUUGAUGAAGUUGAACCAGUCGCUGAAACAAAGCCAUCCAAAGCAGCUGCUUCUCAUUCAAAAAAAGCACCUCCGGUUGUUGAGAUUGAUAAAACUGCUUUAUUAUUUGAUGAAAAAAUCAAAGAAAUCUUUCUUCAAAGACAAGCGAAUUCUCUCGACCGACGUGAACGUCUACGAACUCGUUGGAGUGAAAUCAAACUUCACUGCAAUCCAGUUUAUGAACAAUCAACAUAA